AUGGGCCUGGAGGGGGAAAAAAUGCGUGCAAUGCUCCGGCAACAGAUGCUGAUAUGCACAUUUCAUACCAAUGAAUACAUAUGUCUACCCCCCAUCUCCUCAGUGAAUUUCAUAAAGGACAAUAGUCAAGCCCUCAUCCAAAGGAUGGGGAAGACAGUCAUCAAGCAGGUCAUGGACGAUCUCUUUGCGUGGAACGUUCUGAACGAUGGAGAAUUCAGCGUCAUCGGCAGCGAGAAGGUGGAGCAGGAUGCCGCCAGGGGGAUCAUCCACAUGGUUCUGAAGAAGGGCUCAGAGGCCUGUCACCUCUUCCUCAAGUCCCUUGAGAAAUGGAACUACCCUCUCUUUCAGGACUUGAAUGGGCAAAGCAUUUUCCAACAGCUGUCGGAAGGAGACUUGGACGAGCUGGCCCAGAACUUGAAGAGCUUGUAUCACUCCAACUCUUUUCUGAACUUCUACCCUCUGGGCAAAGACAUCGACAUUAUUUUUAACUUGAAAAGCACCUUCACAGAGCCCGUCCUGUGGCGGAAGGACCAGCACCACCGGCGCGUGGAGCAGCUGACACUGGACGGCUUCCUGCAGGUCCUGGAGAGCCCCUGCGUCAUCGAGGGAGAGUCGGGCAAAGGGAAGUCCACCCUGCUGCAGCAAAUCGCCAUCCUCUGGGGCUCUGGGCAGUGCAGGGCUCUGGCCAGGUUCAAGUUCGUCUUCUUCCUUCACUUGAGCAGGGCCCAGGGCCGGCUCUUUGAAACCCUGUGUGAUCAGCUCCUGGACAUGCCGGACACCCUCCCGCGGCCGACAUUCAUGGCCAUGCUGCCCAAGCUACGGCAGGAGGUCCUCUUUCUCCUCGAUGGUUACAAUGAGUUCAAGCCCCAGAACUGCCCCGAGCUCGAAGCCCUGAUCAAGGAGAACCACCGCUUCAAGAGCAUGGUCAUCGUCACCACCACCACCGAGUGCCUGAGGCACGUGAGGCAGGUGGCGGCCCUGACAGCCGAGGUGGGGGACAUGCCGGAAGCCGGCGCCCGGGCACUCAUCCGGGGGGUGCUGAUCAAGGAGAAGGCCGAGGGCUUGCUGCUGCAGAUGGAGCGAACCAGGUGCCUGCGGCAUCUGAUGAAGACCCCGCUCUUCGUGGUCAUCACCUGCGCCAUCCAGAUGGGCGAGCGCGAGUUCCAGGCCCACACGCAGACGACGCUGUUUCGCACCUUCUACGAGCUGCUGAUCCAGAAAAACAGGCGCAGACACAAGGGUGGGUCCGCAAGGGACUUCGCCCGGAGCCUGGACCGCUGCGGGGACCUGGCCCUGGAGGGCGUGCUGGCCCGCAGGUUUGACUUCGAGCUGGAGGACCUGGCCAGUGUGAACGAGGACGUCCUGCUGACCACCGGGCUCCUGUGCAAAUACACCGCGCAGAGGUUCAAGCCCACGUACAAGUUCUUCCACCAGUCGUUCCAGGAGUACACGGCGGGACGCAGACUCAGCAGUUUGCUGACAUCCCACGAGCCCGGGGAAGUGGCCAAGGGGAACGGUCACUUGCAGAAGAUGGCUGCCAUCUCGGACAUCACGUCCCUGUACAGCAACCUGCUUCUGUACACAUGCGGGUCGUCGGCCGAAGCCACCAGGGCCGUCAUGAGACACCUCGCAGCGGUGUGUCACCACGGCAGCCUUCGGGGGCUUUCCGUCACCAGGCGGCCCCUCUGGAGGCAGGAAUCGAUACCUGUGAAGGACACCAGCGAGCAAGAGGCGCUGAAGGCCAUGAACAUCAAUGCCUUCGCCGAGUGUGGCAUCAACCUGUUCCACGAGAGCAUCUCCAAGUCGGCCCUGAGCCAGGAGUUCGAGGCGUUCUUUCGCGGCAAGAGCUUAUACAUCCACUCGGAGAACAUCCCCGAUUACUUAUUUGACUUCUUUGAACACCUGCCUAACUGUGCGAGCGCCCUGGACCUCAUCAAGCUGGACUUCUACGGCGGAGCCACGGCUUCCCAGGACAAGGCCGCGGACGACACAGGCAGGGUCCCCGCGGGAGAGUCCUCAGAGACCUACAUUUCCAGCAGGGCUGUGUCUUUGUUCUUCAGCUGGAAGCAGGAGUUUAAGACUCUGGAGGUCACACUCCGGGAUUUCAGCAGGUUGAACAGGCAGGAUGUCAGGUACCUGGGAAAGAUCUUCAGCUCCGCCACGAGCCUCAGGCUGCAGGUGAAGCGAUGUGCCGGGGUGGCCGGCAGCCUCAGCCGGGUCCUCAGCGCCUGUAAGAACAUUUACUCCCUCGGGGUGGUGGCCAGUCCCCUCACCGCCGAAGACGAGCAGCACAUCGCAUCCGUGACAAGCCUGAGGACCUUGAGCAUCCACGACCUGCAGACCCAGCGGCUGUCGGGUGGCCUGACUGACAACCUGGGGAAUUUGAAGAACCUUAUGAAGCUCGUACUGGAUAAUGUUAAGAUGAAUGAGGAAGAUGCGAUAAGACUAGCUGAAGGUCUGACCCAUCUGAAGAAGAUAUGUUUACUUCGUCUGACCCGCUUGUCUGACAUUGGGGAGGGAAUGGAUUACAUAGUCAGGGCUCUGUCGAGUGAACCCCGCGACCUUGAAGAAAUCCAGUUAGUCUCCUGCUGCUUGUCUGCGAAUGCCGUGAAAACCCUGGCUCAAAAUCUUCACAAUUUGGUCAAACUGAGCAUUCUUGAUUUAUCAGAAAAUUGCCUGGAAAAGAAUGGAAAUGAAGCUUUGCUCGAACUGAUUGACAGGCUGGACUUGCUGGACCGGCUCUCUGUCCUGUUGCUGCCCUGGGGCCAUGGUGUGCGGGGCAUCCUGGCCAGCCUGCUGGAGCACCUGGGAGCGGUCCCACAGCUCACCAAGCUCGGGCUACAGCGCUGGGCGCUCACGGACGCAGAGCUGAGGAUGUUAGGUGCAUUUUUAGGAAUGAACCCUCUGAAAAACUUCCAGCACUUGAAUUUGGCGGGCAACUGUGUGAGCAGUGAUGGCUGGCUGGCCUUCAUGGGUGUACUUGAGAGCCUCAAGCAAUUAGUGUUUUUUGACUUCAGUACUGAAGAGUUCUUACCGGAUGCAGCAUUGGUCAGAAAACUUAGUCAUGUGUUAUCCAAGUUAACUUUUUUGCAAGAAGUUAGGCUUGCUGGGUGGCAAUUUGAUGAUGAUGAUCUCAGUGUGAUUAAAGGUACUUUUAAGCUAGUCACUGCUUAAAUAAAGGGCACCCUAAGCCAGCAAGUGCUCUGGGACCCUACUCCUUAAUCUUGCAAAAAGAUGAGGAGUAGAAGGGAGUCUGACUUGAUAAUGUGCAAAAUCGGUUUGCGUCUCAUAUCUCCAACAGGAUCAUCAGCUCCUUGAAGGGACUCUUGCUCAUCUGUGUGUUACCCUGGGCCCCAAGAAUACUGGAUCACAAAAA